ACUGAGCAUAUCUAUUCCUUGAGCUGAAAAUGAUGUGCAGAAGCAAGAGUUUGCUGCUGGCUGCUUUGAUGUCAGUACUGCUCCUCCACCUCUGCAGCGAGUCAGAAGCAGCAAGUAACUUUGACUGCUGCCUCCGAUAUACAGAACAUGUUCUUCAUCCCAAAUUUAUUGUGGGUUUCACACAGCAGCUGGCCAACGAAGCUUGUGACAUCGAUGCUAUCAUCUUUCAUACCAAGAAGAAGUUCGCUAUAUGUGCAGAUCCAAAGAAGAAUUGGGUGAAACAAGCUGUGCAUAUCCUCAGUCUAAGAGUCAAGAAAAUGUAAAAACUAAUGCUCUUCUGGAAUGGAAUUGGACACAGCCCAAGAAUAAAAAGAACCUAGUUGGUGGUUUUACUGGCACAACGUUGAGGGUUUAGUAAUUACCUGAUCUGUGCCUCCUUGGACUUGUCCAGUUAAUGAAGUUGAUACAUAUUGCAUCUUAGUUUGCUUUCUUUAAGCAUCAUGUUGGAGUUAAACUCUUCUAUGUUAAGUUAUUUAUAGCUGUAGGUUUUCUGUGUUGAGCUAUUUAAUAUUAAUUUCCCAUAAGCUAUUUGUUUAGUGCAAGGUAUAAAAUUAUGUUUUGGGGGACUAAGAUUAUAUGGGUAUUCUUGCAAGCAACAAGCUAUUUUUUUAAAAAACUAUUUAACAUUCUUCUGUUUAUAUAGUUUUAUCUCCUAUAA